AUGGGCUGCUACUGCGAGUACAUGCUCACGGCCAGCGGGAUCCUGAAGAUGUUCCAGAUUGUCACCGGGGCCGGCAUCGUGUUCCUGCUCGGCGAGGGCCACAUGGACUCGCAGCUCCGCCUCACCAUGCGCCUGGAUGCCCUGGUGCUUUUCAUCAUCUCCAUCGUGUUCUUCUUCAACUCCAUACUCAUCCUCGUCUGCGUGCUCGUCGGCGCCUUGGAGCUUCCGGGUUCCACGGUGUACCGACUGAACUUCUUCAUGGCCACAUUCAUGCACGUGCCGGCCAGCAUCGAGACGCGUCUGGGCAUCUACGUGCAGGGCUCCAUCGCCGGGGCGCUGGGCAUCCUCAACAGCCUCAUGUUCCUCGCCAACACCGUCAUGGCCUAUCACCCGCGCAUCGUCUGA